AUGUCAAAAUAUUAAAUAUUUUAUGAUGAUUCAGAUGAAGACUCAGGUAAAUUGAAUAAGUAUAACCAGAAUUCAGAAGAUUAGUGGGGCAUUCAGGACUUUAUAUUUUAACCAUUUGGAGUAGGAGAUACAGAAAUAUUCAUUGAUGAAUUUGAUGACAUUCAAAGUUUUUUAAAUUGUAAAAGUCUCAUGAGAAAAAUCACUAACCUUACCAGAUUUUCCUAGCAAUACGCAUAGAUGUAAUAGAAUUUAGUAAUUGAAUAAGAUGAUGAUUUUCAGCCUUAUCAAGAGUCAUAGAUGCCUCCUUCUUUAAUUAUGAAGGAGUUCCAAAACUAGUCCUAGAGUAUCAUAAUUGUCAAUGAUCCUAACAAUUCAAUGAUAAAUUAUAUGGAUAGCACUGGUAUUUAAGAUAGAAAUGAUUCAUAAAGUGUAGCGAUAGAAUUACCUUAAUUACCUUAGAUCAUGAGUAGAAAAGAUGAUAGACCAAUUACUGAUAACAAAAACAGACAUUAAAAAAUGAAGUUUGAUCAUCUAAGUCAUUAAAGAUUGGAGCGUAUUCUUAAGAUUAGGAACAAAGCAAAGUAGAAUCUAAAAUAAUAGCACAUCUAUAUUAGUUUUGAAAGAAAUCAAGAUGCAAUUAAUUAUUCCCAAAUAACUGAUUAAGAAAAAUCCAUUGAGAUGCCUAAAAUAGAGGAAAAACGGUAGCUUUAAAAAUCUCCUGAUCUUGUGAGCAAUAAAUUUCCUUUGAAUCAGAUGAAAAACUAAAGUAAUUGUUCAUUUAUUACUGAAAAUGAUGCUGGAAUCAGCUAGAGAGCCUUAUUUUAUGGAAGAAGAUAUAAUAAUUCUCUAUUUAGAAAUGAUAAUAAGCAGAUCACUCCUCAGACUAAUAAAUAGAUUACUAUCUCAGAUAAUAUACAAAGACCUUCAAGAACGGAACUGUCUUAUCUCGAUAAAUACAGUAACACAAUGGAAAAACUUUAAUAGAUAUAUAGACAUAAAAAUACUAAAGAUGUAUUGGGAUCGUAUUCAUGUUCUUAAUAAUAGAUUAAUGAAAGAAAUUGCUAGUAAGUUAUGAAAUCCUUUGAUUAAUUCAGUCAGAGAAGAGGUCUAGUCAAUAAUGUCAAGAAUGUAUAAGAAAAAUUUCAGUAUGAAAAAAUUCUUAAUUAAAUCAACAGCAUUCGAAAUGAGUCUAAAUAAGUAUAUCAAUUAAACUAGAAUAGGAAAUUGGGAACUGAAAGAACAUACUAAAAGAAUAACAAUUUUUUCAUCAACAAACAAUAGCUUUUUACAAAUAGAAGGUAGAUUGAAGAGAGUGGAACAAGAAAUCUUCCUAAUAUUGACUAUUGA